CAGAGAGGGAGGCACUGAGUGGGGAAAGAGAGAGACACAGAGAUAGCAGCAGAUGGACUGCUGCACAGCCUGCAACACACUUAGAAAGGAUAGACUAUGUAUGUGGGACAGUGUGUGUGUGUGAAUGCAUAACACAGAAACUGUGUGUAGGAGAAUGGUUGUGAAUGAGUGAGGGUUUGCCAGCAAGCGUCUUGUAUGUCCUCCGGAAUUGGAUGCAGUGAGCAAUAAUCCUCUUGAGGAAAAAAAGGAUACAGACAAGUGAACAGGAGACAGAAGAGUGAACACUUUCGCUCUUCACACUUCGGCUGCUUUCACAGGGCAGGUGCAUGCCCAGCAAACCACGACAGUAAGCCUAUUAUCAAUGUACGUGAUAGGAGUAUCUGGAUAAAUGCUACGGACCGUAGCGGGACAUUUUGUUUAUUUGAUUUUCCCAAAGAAGAGAAUUGUGUCUUUAUCAAAGGUAGAGAAGUCAGGAUAGGUUGAAGGGCACCUUUGGGAGCGCAGAGAGGGGGAUUCUCUAUGGUGAAGAUGAGCCUGGACCCUGUGCAGGUAAUUAGCGGACACGUCAAGGAGCUCAAAGUUGCCCCUUCGUCUAACGGGGACAGCAGAGGAUCAUGGGAAGAGAAAGAAGAGUUUGAUCAAGACCAGUUGGGCCACAGCACCAAGCCAAAACCAGUGACAGGGAGACGAGCCCGGAAGGUGGAGGGAGGCGUGUUCUUCCCGAAGCCAGAGAACGCAGUGACUGUCGCUGUUUCCUCUCGGGUCUUGUUUCGGACUGAGCGGGAGCAGAAGGUGUUUGAGCAGAAAGGAGUGGAGGAGUAUCUGAGAUACCAAAUCGAACACGAGAACGAACCCUUCGCCCCGGGACCCGCUUUCCCCUUCGUCAAGGCUCUGGAGACAGUGAACGCUCGUCUGCGGGAUCUGUACCCACAAAGUGAAGAACUGUUUGACAUUGUUUUGGUGACGUACAACCACGCACACGUAGGAAUCCGGCUCAUCAACACCAUCAACCAUCACAACUUGUUCAUUGAGAGGUUUUGUAUGACGGGGGGAAGCAGUCCUAUUGGCUACCUGAAGGCCUGGCAGACCAACCUCUACCUGUCCGCUGACGCUGACAAGGUCAGGGAGGCCCUGGCUGAAGGCAUUGCAGCAGCCACAAUGUUCAUGACAGAGAAGCUGACAGAGGUAUCAGAGUCCCAGCUGAGGGUGGCAUUUGAUGGUGAUGCCGUCCUCUUCUCAGAUGAAUCUGAGCGCAUCUUCAAGGCCCACGGGCUGGACAAGUUCUUCGAACAUGAGAGGGACAACGAGGACACGCUAUUGGAUCAUGGUCCCCUGAAGGGCUUCCUGGAGGUACUGGGGAAGCUCCAGAAAAAGUUUUACGCUAAAGGCCAGCGCCUGGACUGUCCCAUCCGAACAUACUUGGUCACAGCUCGUAGCGCAGCCAGCUCUGGGAUCCGGGCGCUGAAGACACUCAGGGCCUGGGGCUUGGAGAUUGACGAGGCCUUGUUCCUUGCAGGAGCACCGAAGGGCCCCAUGCUGGAGAAGAUCCGGCCUCACAUCUAUUUUGAUGAUCAGAUGUUUCAUGUGGAGGGAGCGGCUGAGAUGGGCACCAUCGCUGCCCAUGUGCCUUACGGCAUUGCACAGAAACAUAACCCCAAACACAACACCGGUGUGGGGAAGUAGACAGCAGGACUUCAGAUGCCAAUGGCACAGGCAUCCAGCCAGAAACAGAACAAAAGAAGAAGGAUGGGAUGGAGAAACAUCUUAGAGAAGAGCCAAGUGAAGUUGCAAGGUUUCAUAGAGCUUGGAAAGAUGAACUCGUACUGAAUUGUAUGUGGAAAUGCAUCAUUUCCAUACUGUAGCAAUUGUAUUGUAAGUUUGUUUUAUCACAGUGUAAACUGUCUCAGCUUAAUGCUAUCAUGUUAGGAGUUAGAUACAGGUCUGGGUAGAGGUCAAGUAGAGGCCCGGAACCUGAAAUGAUCUGGAUCCCAAGUGGCCCUUCAGCUUUACAUUUCAAAGCCUCAGUCUACUCAAUACUUAAGUUUUUUUGUCAAAUCUUGCUUCAUACAGGAAUUUUGUAAGGUGCUUGAUUGCCAUGGUGACCUGCUAUUUCUCUCACUACUACUUGUCUUCAUAAAAAAAGACACCUCUUCGGUGAAUGCUGGAGGAUACCGAGUGAAUAGCUUCACUGAUAUUUACAUGACUCCUGUUUAAGUAAAGCACAGAGACUACACUGUAUGUCGUCAAUAAAUGAGCCAUAAGCACAAUGCAGAGAUAUUAUAAGGUUCAAAAUUAUAGUGAUGUACUGUAGCACAAGUCAUAAUUUAAAGUUUGUGUCAAUGAGUUUGACUUCACAAGCAUGUAAAAUAGUUUGUUUGCAAUGACAAAAUAUGUUGUAUAUUACUGAACAUAGCAAUAUUAUCUACUAUUGUGUUAGUCCAAAACAAAUAUAGAAAGCCAUACGUUUCAGCUUGUGCCUUAAUUUCAAUGAAGACACUAUUUUUAGCCAUACUAGCAGUCGGUCCAGUGCUUUGGUCCAGAGUGAAAUAUCUCAACAACUGUUGGAUGGAUUGCCAUAAAAUUCAGUACAGACAUUUAUAGUCCACAGAGAAUGAAACCUAAUGAAUUUGGUGGUGAUCCCAUGAUUUUUCAUAUAGCUUCACAGGUCAGAAUUGUACAAAAUUACAAAAUUUAAGUUUCAGUCAAUGACAGAACACCUAAAGCUAGUGACCCCCUUCGCCUCAGCUGUACACAAUACCAUUAGAAUGCUAAAGUUUCCCUUAGUAUGAUAAAUGUAUUUCAUAUUACAGAAGAAAGUGUAUUAUUUUAUUAUUCUGUUAGUCCAAAACAAAUAUAGACAGCCAUAAGUGGGGUCAUUUAGUUUCAAUGAAUACACUAUUUAUAGCCAUGCUAGCAGCGUGAUCUUGGUCCAGAGGGAAUAUUAUUUUAUUAUUCUGCUAGUCCAAAACAUUUAAAGGCAGCCAAAUGUUUCAGUGGGUGCUUUAUUAGUUUCAAUUGAUGCACCUUUAUAGCUAUGCUAGGAGUGUGUUCCACUUUGGUCCAGAGAAAUAUCUCAACAACUUCAGUGUCAACAGUUCAAAACUGAAUGAAUCACUUCAGUUCAUGACACAGCACCUUUAAAAAUAACUAAACUGAAUUCCCAGCAGUUGCAGCUGUACACUAAUUGUGAACUUUAGCAUGCAAAAGUUUACCAUGCUAGCAUGCUAAUGUUAAUGUUUUUAAAGCUGAUCUGAGCCUAAGCACAGGGUAUACUGAUUAAAGUUGAGUGAAUUCUGACACUUCAGGUCUGAAAUGUCCCUAAAUGUCCCCAUGAUGUAUAGAAUACAACAACAUGGCCUUGCUCACUCAGGCCAAAUGUUAGGCUACCUUUCUGCUCCACUAGUAUAAGAAGAAGAAAAGCAAAGUUUUAUCUUCAUGUUUAAUUCACCCAACAAUUUAGCUUUCUAGCGUAUAUAAUGAGUAUAACAGCCUUACGCGCCUUCAAUGGCUAUUCUUGUUUAAAAGUCACCCUGUUGCUAAUAUGAGGGCAUUACAGCUUCUGUGCAGAGUGUUGUGGUUUCUCACCAACUGAAGUAUCACAAAAACAAAUGUUCAACAAGAAGCUAGCUUGAUUUUACUGCCCUCUCCUGUAUAUCAAAGCUAGUACAAAGUCAUCCUCUGCUAAGGUGGCAUUGAUUGAUGUUGUAAAGUUUAACCAAUUUAACUACAUCUGGCAAUGAACACCCAAACGGCAAUCAAUACGUUGUUUCCAUUACAGUAUGACUUUUGUUUGAUUGAAAAACAUGAAUUUGUCUUUCAUUGACAAAAUGGCCGCAGUGGCCUUUUGAAAAUGUCAAUCCACUUCACAUCACUCUGUCACUGCUGGCAAGUCCUCAGAAAUCCUCCACCAGUUGUAUAUUUAGCGAUGCUUCAUUACACCUCAUCAGCCUUCUGAGGGCCUUGAAGCUCAGGAAAGUGACAAGCAAUCCACCAGUUUAAUUUCCCAGACAAAACACAUAAUUAAACAGAUGUGUGUUUUGGCAGACGUUUGCCCUAAACUGAUGGCUGACUUAUCAGAGGAUAAAGUUUCAGUUCGAUGAGCUAAUCAGGGCAGUAUGGAAUUUAGAGGGACAUUCAGGAAUAGAUUAAUGCAGAUGAAGUAAUGUUUGAACACAGUUUAUGACGACUUUAUUGACACGUGAAAAAAAUGGCAUUGCAAUAAGAAAAUGUACAUGAACAAUAAAUGAAGAUGUAAAUUAAA